CAGGGAGGCAAAGUCCUAGUUCUUAGGGACACGCAGUUUCAGUAGUGGGAAAGGAAGCGGAGAGAGAAGGAAGUUGUGAGGAGCCAGUUUGGAUACAGUUGUAUGGUGCUGCAGUGCCAGGAGUCGCCCAGGAAUUUGGAUUGUGUGAAGCUCGGAAGAAGCUGUGUAUUGAGAGAUCAAGUGGCACACAGGAUAAAGUGGGAUACGGGAGCUGCUGUACAUCCUAUAACUGCGGUGCCAUCUUUUGCCCCAAUCAGUAGCUGUACCGUGCUGAUGUAGGGUUGACACCUUUUCUGGAAAGAAAUACCGGCCUUCCUAUAUAUUUAGAUUUUUUUUCCCUAUUAACAACAUUGGGGUCAAGCAUCAUUUUUACCGGUCAGGCCGUAAAACACCGGCCAGGUGGCAACCCUAUGCUGAUGACAGUAUCAAGUUGUGCCCAGGAUGUAGGACACACUGCCCCGUGCCCAGGAUGAAGGACAAGCAUUGUGCCACCCCAGAUACCUGAAUUGCCUGAUACCCUGUGUAUCCACACUGUGGGACGUACCAUCCUGGGCCCUAUAGCAGUCUGGGAUGUGCCAUUAAGGCUUUAAGACCUGUCAUUCCGUCUCCAGGUUGAAGGAAGAGUCAGGUUAUAAGACUUGCUACUGUGUGCCAAGGAACCCCAAUUCAUUCUCUCUGUAGCUGCCUCUAAAGGGCUUAUCACUCUUACAGUUCCCUAUAUACAGUAUUUUCCCUUUAAAUCCCCACUGCCUACUCUCACGUACAUGAGUACCGCUCCCCUGAGAGCAAUAAUUCAAAGAGCUGCGUGACAGACCAACAACGGAACCUCUUUUAUUAGUGAUACUUUGUACCGUACUGGGAAAGCCACCCACAGCCAUGAAGCACCCGACUGUCAUCGUAUUCCUGUUGGCUCUUACCCUGCACUAUGGAUUCUGCACAAUCACUUGCACUGGGGACCUGAGUUGCAAAUUGUCUGAUAUGUUUUGCCUCCCCGGCGAUUUGUAUGAAGCCCAUUCUCCUGUCUUGAUUCCUACACGCAUGACUUCCAAGACAGAGCUUAAAUGCAUGUCUGAGAACAACUGUGUUCUUUGUGUGGUGGUGGAACUGGAGAUAUCACUUACCUAUUUAACAGAGGGAAUGGGAAAACUGGAAAUUGAAGACUGUAAUGACUAUUAUGAUGAAGAGGCGGAGAUGGAAGAUGACGAUGAAGAAGAAGAAGAAGCUUCAAGUGACUAUUCAGACCACAGAUUUCAUAAUAAUGAUUCAUCCAUCUGUGCCAUCUUCUACAUAUCCCAGAACGGACCCCAUAGCCGUUCCUGCAUCAUGGUGGCUGUACGCAUGCCCAUAUCUUCUAUACCUCCCAGUCCGCGUACAGGCACUGUGCAAGUGGGAAAACUCAAGUACAGCUGCUUAAAAGGAGACCUAAGUGAAGACUUGAAUAUAUUGGCAUGCUCUGUGCCCAGGUACCAUGAUAUACUGAAAAUCAACCAUUCUGUUCCAGGGUGCUUAGAUCUGGAAGAUCCAAAUAAAGUGCCGAUCUGCAAAGUGCCACUUUUGAAUAUCGUCCAUGGAGAGACAAAUACAUCUGUAGGGAUAAUUAAUGGCUCUAGAAACGACAUCUUCAAGUUGGAUACCAUUUAUAAACAUCAUUUGAGGAAUCAACACAUUUUGAAUGGAGACGAGCGUUUCGUUGUUCGACAUGAAGAUGUUGUGCCCUGCAUGUGUUUUAAAGUGUCGUGGGACGAUAGCAGUGAUGCAUUACAAAAAAAAAUAUGUCCAUUUGAAAACGCAUCUCAAUAUGAAGAUAAUAUAUGGAAGAACAGUAACCUCACCUUAAACCUAGUAAAUUCCAAAUUGUUGUAUACACUGGAGGUGUGGUGCCCCGUGAUGGUUGAGAUUUCACUGUGCUGGAGGAAUGGACACCAAGAUGACUGCCAUGAAAUUCCAGGCUCUGAAACUCAGACAAAUAUUAGGGCACAGCCCACCACUGAAGAAGCCAAAGGUCUACAUUCUGUUCAGCAUUCCAUUUGUGUCCAGGUUAAAUAUAAGGAUAAAAUCUGGCUCACAAACUGCACAGAGAAUGUUAAGGAUUCUCAUCGCUCCAUAGGCAACAACAAUUUCCUUAUAGUGGCCUCAAACAGCUCAUACACAGAGUCACCUCUCUGCCUUGCGUGGAGGAAUACGUGUCUUGCUUUGAACAACACAAAACACGAGGAGCUGCAUGGGGUGACGUCCUUUGAGAUGAAAAUACUGCAGGAGUUCAAGUCUGGAGAGUGUGAGCUGGUCUGGAGAAGGGACAGCAAAGAGGCGGCCUAUGUCUGCUCAUUGGAUAAAUAUAUGAGAAAGAGAUGGAACCUGGCCUGGAUUCUGUGCCUCACGCUACUGUGCUGUGUCCUCUUUGUCCUGUUACUGAAAAGAGAGAGAGCGAAAAAGUGGUUGAAGAAGAUGGUGACUGAGAAGCCUCUUGAUGCUGUGUUCCAGAAGAGGAAUGUACUUAUCCUUUACUCACCGGAUCACCCUGCCUAUGGAAGUCUGAUCCACACUCUAGCAACGUCCUUACAAAACCUGAGUCUGACAGUCACACUGGAUCAAUGGGACCGGGUCCACAUGUGUGAAGUGGGUGCCAUUUCAUGGUUCCACCAGAAGAAAUCCCUUAUCUAUAAGGAAAACGGCAUCAUUAUUCUGCUGUUCUCUGAAGGAGGCAAACGGAUAUUUCAUGAUUGGAGGGAUGCGAAUGGCCAUCAUAGAUUGGGCCAGGACCCCUACGGCACAUUUGGCUCCAUAUUAAACUGUGUGUAUCCGGAUUUCAAAGAAGGGAUUGCCCGUGGACACUACGUGGUGGCAAGCUUUGAUCUCCUGCCUAGUGACGUCCCUCAGAUCUUCCACUCAGUCCCUGUUUUAAGUUUGCCUUCACAGCUGAUGAAUUUGCUGAAGGAGCUUGCGGGGAAUAACAAAAAGAAACUUAGCAAAAAACAGCUUCACCAGCUCAGUAGGAACCUGAAGGGACCCCUAAAUGAGUGGCAACAUAAUAGCCAUUCACCUUUCAUAUCAGAACAUUCUGCCAGUGAGAUGUCCAUGCCAUUUACUCCCAAUGGAAGUUUAUCGGUGGAGAUGCAUCCGCUUAACCUUGAAAGGCUUCCAGAGUGCCGACUGGGACAGCAUGUCUACUAAUCCCUGGACUGUUCCACCAGAAACAAGGGAUGGUGUGGGACUUUGGGUUUUAAAAAGACACCUGGGGGUGUUUGGAUUACAUGUAUAUAGGUACUAUGAAGGCUUGUUUCUUUAAAGAGGAAACUCAUUUUAAAGUACAAUUUAAUUUUCGUGUAUUUAGGGAAAAUACUGUGUAGUUUUCCUAUUAAAUGACACCGUAUUUUUGUAUAUGCCCAUAGAAACCCCUGUACUGAGUUCCUCGGGUCAGGCAGGUUCAGCAACAGAACUGUAGUAUCAUUUAUGACAAUUCAGUGAUGUUCUGCACAGAUUUAUAUAUAUUGCCACCCAUUGGGGCCAUAAACAGAUCAUAGUAUGGACUCAUGCAAGCCUGUAAGGAAAGAACUGCAUCACAGGACCAACACAGCCCUCUUUAAAAGGGUUCUUCACCUUUAAAUAAAUAUUUAGGGGCUGAUUUAUCAAGGGUCGAAUUUUGAAGUAAUGGGAGUUUUUUUAAACUCCGGUAACUUCGAAAUUCAAAUAAAAAAAGA